UAAUUAAUUAUACAUCAUGUUCUCCAACAAAAGCUUGAAUUCUCCCUUUAUUUUCUAUUUAUUGCACAUUCUUCUUAUAUUUUCGUUGCAUAUUAUAUAGUUUCCAUGGCUAGCUCAACCAGUUGCAGUCAAGCUGACGGAAUAAUUGCAAAUAAUCAUGAGCUCACUCCUUUGGAAAAGCAUGUUAUGUUCUUCGAUAUCAAUAAUGAUAGAAUAAUUUAUCCUUCAGAAACGUACAAAGCUUUUAGAAAGAUGGGGCGUGGUAUUUUCCGUUCUACGUUUUCUGCUAUUCUCAUUCAUUUUAAUCUCAGUUACAAGACUCGACCGGGAAAAUGUCCAUCUUUACUCUUCCCUAUUGUGGUAGAAAAUAUUAAAUAUGCCAUACAUGGUAGUGAUUCUGGUGCCUAUGACUCUGAAGGGAGGUUUGUGCCAGAGAAGUUUGAGGAGAUCUUUAAGAAGCAUGCAAAUGAAAAUGCAGAUUCUUUGACCUACAAUGAAGUGAAAGAAAUGCUCAAAACCAAUAGAAAACCAAAGGACUACUAUGGAUGGGCAAAUGCUUUUGUAGAUUGGCAUUCUUUAUAUGAUUUAGGCAAAAAUAAGAAUGAAAAAUUGACAAAAGAAACUGUAAAAGCUCUGUAUGAUGGAAGUCUUUUUGAGCAAAUAGCAAAGGAGCAUGCUUCAAAAUAGUGGAUUCUAUAGUUCCACUAUAUAUUAAUUAAGUUAUUGUAUUAUGUUGUUAAUGCUAUUGUUGUUAUAAUGCUAUGUUUUUAUUUUUAUGCA